AUGGACGUUUACAAAAUACUCGUGGUAGGAGAAGCUAAAACAGGCAAAUCAACCUUAAUCUAGAGCUACCUACAAUCCGACUUAGGUGAACCAGAAGGCAUGAAGACUGCUUCGUCAAGGAAUACAUUUUUGCCAUCUCAAAACAAAAAUAGCACUAAUAGCUCAACGAUGGACUUCGUGCUCAAAAUCUUAAAUGUUAAUGGCCAAAAAGUGAGAGUGCAGCUGUGGGAUAUGGCAGGUGGCCAAGAUACUACCUCUGCCUUCGCGCCUUUAUUCAUUAGAAACGCAGUAGGAUGCAUAAUUAUCGCCAGCUCAAAUAAUCAAAAAUCAAUCAAUGAGUAAGACAUUCCAGGUUUACCUUCUCUUCCAGCUGCGCUAGUUGUGAAUCACUGGGGAGAUACCAAGAUAUAUCAAGCAAUUAGUGUGAAUUAGAACCUUAAGAAUCAGUGUGACAGUCUAGGUCAGCAGCUGGAGUUAUAAGUGCAUCAUGUUAAUGCAAUUACAAAUGAGAACAUCCCCGAUGCCCUCGAAUAGUUCAUUUAGGCUAUACUUGAUGAUUAAGAGAAGAACAGAGCAAAGAAUGAUAUGCUGGAUGAUCUUUGGGAUGAAUCCUUCAAGCAUAAAAGCACUAACAGACCUGAUAUCAAACUUAAUACAGGAUCUAACGUAAGCAUGCCGUCAGUAAUCAAUUACGGAAGUGUCAAUAAAAGAUAGAGUGUUUAGCUUACUAAUCCUAAUAAAAGUGAUAAAGAUCUUAAAGUUUAAAGAAAAAAUUGUAUGUGCUGA